UGAAAGACAAGGGAGAUGCAGGAACCCUUUGGCUCUACUGUCAUGACCUGUGGUCACCGAUGGAUGGUCUCUUUUCUUCCCUACCUAAGAGCCCCAGCGCCGAAGCCGAGGAGGAAACUCAGCCGUCGGAGCGCCAUGGCGCAGUUGUUCGGUCCUCGGGGUUGGCUCUUAGCCGCGGCCUUCAGCGCGACCCUCCGCUUCUCUCGUGCAGGAUUCACCACCAUCCGUCUGACUGACCAGGAGGGCCCUAUCCUUGAGGGCAACAAUGUGACUUUGGAAUGCCUGGUCAGUUAUGGGGAAAAUAUGUCGGACUUCACCUUCCAAAAAUACAGCAAGUGGCUCCGUUCUUGGAUCUCUUUGGAUCAAUCUCACGACUUGCGUUGCUGGUUUUACGAUGUCGCCGUGAGUCACGACAACGGGCGCCUCCUUCUGACCAUCAGCGACAUCCAAUCUUGGCACGCCGGACCCUACCGCUGUGCCAGCCUGAAUGCCACCGACAACACCACCGUCUCGGAUGUACUGGACUUGCAGAUGGAGUAUCUGCACAAAGUCUUCAUCAGCCAGUCCAACUCCUGGUGUGGUACGGUAGGAGACUCCAUAACGGUCCUUGAAGGCGACAGCCUGCAACUUCAGUGUUCAGCGGACGCCUCCAAGGCACCGCUCUACGAGUGGAUUCGACAGGGAGAUGACUGGAUCCUGCCCUCAGGUUCCUUAACUCUCUCCAAGAUAACCCAGGAGCAAGCCGGGACCUACACUUGCCAGGCCCACCAUCCAACUUUGCCUCAGUUGACCAAGAGCAAAUCAAUCCGUUUGCUGGUGGAGAGCACCAAGCGCAGCUUCAGUUUUGAGUCCGUGAUGUCCCUCAGCACCCCAAUGCUGGCCCUGGCGGUGGCCCUACCAGCCGUGCUGUUGCUGCUGUUGAUCUUGAUCUUCGCCUUCCUCAUUCCACGUCACCGGGCAGCUGUCCAGAAGAAAAUGGCUUUGGAGGAAUCUGGCCAGCGAACUCCCAUUUACAAAGGCAGCCUCGACUCUGUGCCUUCCGUUGGGGGAGACACCCAGCCUCUGGUGAUGUGAAGCAGAUACCGCCGGAUGAAACGAACUUUUUCAAGAUCCAACUUUUCUUCCUGUAUUGAAUAUGGACUGGCGGCAAUAUCUUUGGUGUACAGUAACUGGUUGUUUUUGUGUAUAUUUGGGGGAAUUGUUAUCUUGGCUUUUUGGGGGGGAAUCUGUUUGGAAGAAUUGAGGGGGGGCAGCAGUGAUAUUGGGGUUCCUACGAAUCUCUCCUUUCCGGCUACAUUAGCUGCUCUUUGCCUGCCAUUCUGUUACCCUUUUUAGGCUAAAAUACUAUUGUUUUUUUUUCCUAUGGCUCAUUUGGCCAAUAUCUGCCCUGACCAGCAUUACUUCUUUCAUGUUUGGACAGAUGCUGACUCUUUAAUAUUUUUACUUUUUAACUUCGAGUUAAUGAUUGAAGAAUAAGGCACUGGGAUAUUACACAGUUUGUUUGUUGAAAAUAAACAAACAUUUGCUCUUU